ACCACUCUGGCCUUUUGGCUUAGAUCAAGUGUAGUAUCUGUUCUUAAUAGUUUAACCACUAUUAUGGAGGCACCGCCUCCAUUCUUUGGUUAUCUAAUUUUUGCCGCCCUUGUCCUCUUGUGCUCUGCUUGCAACACGAGGGGCGUGAUGACCUUGCUACUGCACUUACCGGCUUGCGUCGUCGGGGGAUCUCUUUUUGACCCUUAUUCUCUUUGUUCUGCUUUCUAAUGCUUGUCAUUUGACAUGUCAUGGGGUCGGACAAAAAGAUUAAGUGUCUAGUUUGCUAUUUUUCUUUCUUCCUUCUGCCGAAUAUAUUAAGUUGGUGGAUCUCUAGACAUGAUGAUAUUACUAGUUGUGUUGUAAUUCUCAUCGGACCUUCUACAAUUUGUACUCGUCUAUGAACUAGGAAGUGGAAGUUCAGUUUUCCGAUUC